AACUUAUAUCCUCCGCCAUCGCUCAGUUACCGACCACGAUAUGGAUUGCAUGCGACACACAUCCGAGCCAUGGCUACUGCGAGGGAUACUUUGACCGACACGGCGAGGCGGAGCGGGGACCACCCUGAGGAACAUGAAUUGAAUAUGCUGCGAAGGGAUGCAACUCAGGCAGAUCCAUCGUCCAGUGUCGCUCCUUCCAGGACGGUGUCGACAGAAAACCACAAGUCCCAAUGGUGGGCCUGGGCGAGACACCUCUUCCCCACGUACAUUCAUCACGUACCCCUUCGCGCCGCCAGGGAUCAUCUUGCGAACGAACGGGUCUUUCUGGGCUACGUUCGAACGUCUUCGGCCUUCGCCAACUUCGCCAUCACAAUUCUUCAGCUUUACAGGUUGAAGCACGACCCAGUCCCCCCGGGCAAGCUAAGCGACUAUAACCUGGGGAUCCCGCUUACGGUGGUGACGCUAGUCAUAGGAUUGGCCAUCACUCUCGCAGGAGCGUGGAGGUUUUUCGCCUGUCAGAGCGCCAUGGCUCAGAAAAAGCAGAUUGUCACUAGCGGGGUGGUGGUGCUCGUCUUUAUUCCGGUUUUAAUUCUGCUGCUUUUGGUACUCCUAAUCCUCACAAUAAUCGUCAAUCCCAAUACAUGAUGCCGAAUUCAGCUGCAAAAGAGUCAGCCAAGAGGCCGUGUUGGCUAGCAGAUACACUGUGCAACCACAGGUGACACAGCUCUCGAUUACGAGAAGAAAGAGGCCCUGCUCGGGAUCCCUUGUCACAGAGAUUGCUACUUUUGGCUCAGCUCCUUGAUUGGACUCCCUACAUAGAGCCCUGAUCCCGCCACCAAGUGCCUGGAGAGGCCCUCCCCUGCGUUUUCAUCAGGCGACAGACCUCAUCACCCUGCACAAAUGGGACGACCUGCGG